GUAAAGCCAGCCGUUUCAGAGAGGAGCUGGUGGCUUUCCGAAGCAUUUGGCCUGGCACAGUUGUCUGCCCCCAAGGAAUCGCCCCGCUGUUUUUUCUGGAAGCAAAAAUCAGAUGGCUAUGCUCCAUUUCUUUCUUUGACAAGUCGAAACUUAGCAUUUACUAUUCAAAAUACAGAUGUUAAUGUUCCAGGACCUGGACACUACGAUAUUGCCAAAAUACAGAAUGCUAUCAAGGGUGGCAAGAGUCCACAAAACAAAGAAAAACGUUUCAAGAAGAUCAUCACAGACACUCCAGGACCUGGAAGCUAUAACCAAGCUCCUUCUAUGGAUUUUGCAAUAAGCAACAAGGAAAAAGAUCUUAAAGAACGGGGCCAACUGAGAACUGCAGGGAGUAUAAAAAUCUACCGAAAAUUGGAUAGUCCUUCUAUUCCUUCUCCAGGUCAAGCCUUUGGGUAUGAGGAAAUAGAGGAUGGCACUCUUAUAAAACAAUACCCACCUGAAAGAGACUUAACACUGGGCCCAGCUUAUUAUCACCCAGUAUUUGAUGUUACCGAGUCUUCCAAGAAGUAUAAAGGAGUACAUUUUGGAAAUUUAACUGGAAGACGCAGUGAAUUUAAGCUUCAAGAAGGUCCUGGACCAGGGGAGUAUGAUAUGGCUCAGGAAAGUGCACUACAUUAUGAAAAUGUCAACAUCCAAAAAGAAGACAAGAAAAAAUAUGACCCCUACAUCCCACGGUAUCAUGAAGUAAUAGUAUUACAGGAAGAAAAGAAGGGUGUUCCGGGACCUGGACAAUAUGAAAUAAAAAGUCAGUUUAAGAAGAAGGAAUAUACAACACAAAGUGGAAACAAAGUUGCACAUGCUCCUUUUCUUAUACAGUCCAAAAGAUUUGUACCUGUGAAAUCAAUCACACCAGCUCCUGGCACAUACAAUGAACCACGCUCAGCUCUUGAAUCCUUGAAGAAAAUAUCAGGAAUGAAAAAGAUCCCAUUUGGUCAAACUGCUGUUCGAUUCACUCAAGACUCCAGGCUAGAAAAAACACCAGGUCCUGCAUUCUAUAAUAUUUUCAACUAUAGCAUAGAGAGAGAGAGUUUUAAAAAAGCUUUCUUGGAGAGUACAAAGAAAGGAGCAUUUGGAUCUUCAGCUCCUCGACCUUUACUUCUUCUUGAAAGGGAAGAAGCUUUUUAUACUGGACCAACUGAUUAUCAGGUCAAAGAGAGCACAGAAGAACUGCAUAAACAACAGAAACAAUUAUCUGGUUUUUUGUCAACAACAGAAAGAAGUCCAAUAGUUGCUAUGGAAGUUCCACCACCAGGUUCCUAUGAGGUUCAGAAAUCAUUUGAGAAAUUGUAUGGUAAAAGCCAGUACAUGCCCCCCCGAACCAUAUUGGCGAGAAGAAAGCAUGCCUCGUUUCUCAGUGCAACACCUAGAGAAAUUUUCCUUGCGGCUGGCACAGAUGUUCCAGGGCCUGGGACAUACAACCCUGUUGUGAAAUCAGCUUCCAGCAUUUCCUUAUUUGCUUCCAGAGAGGAACGUUUUAAAGAACCAAAAGAGAUUACUCCUGGCCCUGGAGAUUAUGAGCUUAGCCCAUUGCUUAAGGACACUGUCUUGAAGAGAACAUUUAAUGCUACCUUACAGAAUCCUGCUGCAACUCAGAUGGACAACACUGUUUGCAAAAAUGGGGCAGUCCAGCCAAAUUUUCUGUGCGUCUCUAAUUAGGAACUCUGUGAAGGGUUUAAUCCAGUAUUAGGAUCCAUUAGUGACUGAGCCAAGCUUGAAGUUCUUUUCCAAAGGAGUGUCUACAUUUUGAUGAUGACUUCAUUCAGCUGCUCAAAGAAACAUGAUUGUUCUUAUAACCUCCAGAGAUAGGAAAGUUGUUCUUGCAAGACAUCUUAUUUAAUUUUUCUUCUCUCUGAACUUUUUUCCUAUUUCCAAACAUCUGUUACUUUUUUUUAACACUUAGAGAACUGAUAUUGCUGAUUUUGAAUUCUAACUGCAAAUACAAAUAUUGCCUGAAAAGUUUUUUCUUUCUUUUAAUUUUCUUCCUUGCCAGGAGGCUAUAAAAUGAUAGACAAUGUGAAAUAAAACCAGAAUUCAGUGAUUGAGUUUGUCUGCUGUCAUCACGGUAAAUUAACAUCCAGCCUGAUUGUCCCAGCAUGGCUGAAUACACCCCACAAAACAUAGAAAGGGAGAAGAGAAAAUUUGUGAGGCUCCCUUUACUGUUCACUUCCUCAAAGUGUUUAAGUGAUGGGAAAAGUUGUCUUUGCACAUAAGCGGCAAUGAUCUUGCUCUUCAAGUUUUUCAGAUCUUCCUCAAGGUGGGUUUGAAUCUUGGAUUCCUGUGAGGUCCAAUGGCUUCCAGCUGACUUUGUCUUUUUGUGCCACUUCUCAGCUAUUUGUAGUUCUCUGCCUGGAGCAGCAUAGACAGGUCUUCACCUCUUAGCUGCCUCUGGCCACACACUUUAGUUAGGUUUGACAGCACAGAACACUAUAUCCCUGAAUGGAUGUCCCAAGUGGAUGUUUAAAAGGAGAGAUGUGCAUUCUACACUGUCCAUCCCCCCACCUGCAACCCUGGUGCAGAUCCUUGUCUAAUUACCUGUUCAGGAGUAGUGUUUCCUUUUGUUCCUGACAAAUUGUAUCCUGGUUCCUGGAAGUGUUUGUAGUCAUUACAGCUCAUAAGUUAACACAUUAAA